UGUCUCUGUCUCUCCUCCCAUAUAUCUCUCUCAAUCUCCCGUUCUUCCACGCGAAUCCUCGUUUUCCUCGCACCAGGAAGCAGAAGAGCCGCCCAACGCAACGUUCGUGUGACAACAGCAGCAAAAGAAAUAACUGCUCAUGCAUUCCCGCCGGAGACGCGCCCGAUCUCUCUCCCACCCUACAUUAACACCACCUCCUCCUCCUCCUCCUCCUACCAUGAACUUCUCCUCCCCGCGGCCCACCUCAGCAUUGACCGCAUCCACCUCCACCAUAACCGCCGCCACCACCACCACCUCGUCGUCCUCCUCCUCCGCCAAGAACGGCUCCACCACCCCGGCCUGCGCCGCGUGCAAGUACCAGCGCCGGAAGUGCGAGCCCAACUGCCUCCUCGCCCCUUACUUCCCCUACGACCGCCAGCACCAGUUCCUCAACGCCCACAAGCUCUUCGGCGUCAGCAACAUCACCAAGGUCAUCAAGAACCUCGCCCCGCACGAGAAGGACGAGGCCAUGCGCACCAUCAUCUACCAGUCCGACGCCCGCGCCCACGACCCCGUCCUCGGGUGCUACCGCAUCAUCCGUGACCUCCACCGACAGAUCGAGUUCUGCCAGGCCGAGCUCGAGUUCGUCCUCCGCCAGCUCGAGCUCUGCCGUGCCCAGGCACAGGCACAGGCACAGGCACAGGCACAGGCCCAGGCCCAGCAGGAGGCCGCCAUGCAGCAGAUGAUCGACCCCGCGGCAGUGACGGUUGGCUGCGACAUCGUGAGCCGGGGGGAUCUGCUGGGGCAAGGGUACGGCUAUGUUCAGCAGAACGGCGGCCAUCCGGGCCAGCAGGUGGAAGGUUAUAUCGGUAAUGGCCAGGAGGGGAAUGAUCAGGCGUCGUUGCAUGAUUUCGGCGCAUGGGCCAUGCAGGACUCCACGUUCACGUCGGACUUUCAGAUCAAGCAAGGGUUUGAGGGUGGAUGUGAAGAUAUGAGGCCCAUUCUGGACAUUGCAGACGACAGGAAUGAUGGGCUCAAUUUGGAAAGCGAAAUCAUCGACGAAAGAAGUGAUCAUCAAGUCAUCUUGGAAGAUCACAAGACGGAGAUAACAGAAGAAGAAGAUGACACCGGCCAACAGGUCCUCGAUCAUGAUCUGAAAGGCGCGGCUACUUUAUUUACCCUCACAAAUUGUACAAGCUAGACUUUAACUAUGAAUAUGACCUACCCAUGUUCAUCCCAAGCAAAGUGUAUUAGCGAUUUCCUGUCGUUACACUUUUGGUUAAGUGAAACAGAGAAGAACAUCUUUCUUUUCCAUCUUCAACUGUCAAAGGGCGAAAAGAAAGCAUUUUUGUUAGUGUCUUAAUGUCGAAACGUCUGACAGAAAAUGGAAUUACGAAAGAUGCGCGAGUACGAAUACAUGCAGUAAAACUCUCAUGCAAUGGCUGAACUGAUUCACAGGACAUACAGCAAAAUCAUAUGUAAUUGAUGAUU